UGACGUAGACAUAGCAUCCAAGAAAUAGUUUAUCUUCUCAGUCUUUUUAGUUAGUUAUAACUCUGAAGCAUCGUAUCCAUGGCUGAUGCUUCUCCUAGCUCCGGCCUCAGUCAUAUUACAGUUCUAAGCAUAGAUGGAGGAGGCGUGAGAGGAAUCAUCCCUGGAACCAUCCUUGCUUUUCUUGAAUCCAAGCUUCAAGAGCUUGACGGAGAGAAGGUGAGGAUUGCGGAUUACUUCGAUGUUAUUGCAGGAACAAGCACGGGUGGGCUUGUCACCACAAUGCUUACUGCUCCAGACAAGUCUAAUCGUCCCCUGUAUUCAGCCAAAGAUAUAAACGACUUCUAUCUGAAGAACUCACCUAAAAUCUUCCCUCAAAAAAUGGCAGGUUUAUUUGGCUCCACAAGUAAUUUAAUAAAUGAAUUUGCUGGACCUAAAUAUGAUGGGAAAUACCUUCACUCCCUAGUUAAAGGUAUUCUUGGGGAUACAAAGCUUCAUCAAACACUUACCAAUGUGGUCAUCCCAACUUUCGACAUUAAGCUACUCCAACCCACCAUAUUCUCCUCGUUUCAGGUGGAAUCCACUCCAUUAAAGGAUGCUAAUUUAUCAGAUAUCUGCAUUGCAACUUCAGCAGCACCAACUUAUUUGCCUGCUCACUACUUUGAAACUAAAGACUCGAAGGGCAACACUCGAAGCUUCAAUCUUGCUGAUGGAGGCCUUGCAGCAAAUAAUCCUACUCUGCUUGCAAUAAAUUUGGUGAGUAAGAACAUAUUCAAGCAGUUGCAAGAUGACUUUCCUGUGAAACCUGUAGAAUAUAACAAGUUUCUGGUGCUAUCUCUCGGCACUGGAGCGGCUAAAUUUGAAGAGAAAUAUGAUGCAAAGAAUGCAGCUAAGUGGGGAAUUCUUCCAUGGCUGUUUUAUAAUGGCCAUACGCCUAUCAUAGAUAUGUACUCCCAAGGCAGUGCAGAUAUGGCUGAUAUAUUAACAGCCAUACUUUUCCAAACUCUGCAUUCUGAGAAAAAUUAUCUUCGACUUCAGGAUGAUACAUUGAGUGGAGAUUUGGCUUCUGUGGAUGUAUCAACUAAGGAGAACCUGGAGGGGUUGAUUAAGGUAGGGAAUAAUCUGUUAAAGAAGCCUGUUAUCUGUUAAAGAAGCCUGUUUCCGAGGGUGAAUAUAGAGAAUGGGAGAUACGAGCCUGUGGAAGGAGAAGGAACUAAUGAGCAGGCACUCAUUAGAUUUGCUAAGUUGCUUUCAGAUGAAAGGAAGAGGAGGAUUAAUGGUGCAAAAUAGUUCUUUUCUUUUUUCAAUUAAUGUUUUGAAUAAGUGAGAGGAGGAGAAUGUGUGAUUUCGUUAAUUUUGUUGGUUAGUGUUGUGAUUAGAGAUUUGUGGAAGAUAAUUGUUAUUUUCUUCUAAUUAAUGAAUAAAUUGUUGUAGCUUGAUCCACCAUUUGAAAAUUAAG